AGAGAAAGAGAGAAAGAGUGAGAGAUAGAGGAAGAGAGUGAGGGAGAGAGGGAGAGAAAGGAAGAGAGAGCCGUGGAUGCGGCGCGGUGUCUGCAUCCGUGCGUGAAUCACGCUUUGGAGGUGCCUGUCUGUCCCUCGUCUUCGAGCACACCCCAUAUUCACGACAUUGACCCGUUCGAGGACGCCGCUGUUCCCCGCGGACAUCGAGCAACACCUCGAGCAAGCACCUAUCCAAAACUGUCAACCACGAGGAGGGGCAUCGUUUCUUUUUCUGUUACCCAUCGUUUUGUUUCACGUCCUCUCACCGGCCUAUCUAGGAGUCCGUACACGUACGUGUACGUCUAUACCCGUAAUACGGAGCCGGUGUUUCAAACGUCGUCGAUUCGAUAACGCUCGUCGAAUCCAACAGGACAAGUUUUCUUCCAGAGCAACGGGAGAGUGGAUGGAUCCUCGUGUCUUAUGUUUUCAACAGACAGAGCUGGUGUUUUCGUCGAUGUAGCGAAUUCUCUGUGUACUGUGAUCCAAACUCUUGAUCUAUUGGGAGUCGCACGGCGAAACGACUGGGUGCUCUCAGGACCCAGGGGCUGGUAGCAUUGACACAGGAACCUUGAACGUAACUGUGGAAACGCAGCAACGUAAGGUAGAUUGGCAACAAAGGAACAAAAGUAGAAACAACAUGUCAGAUGAAGAAGACAAACCCCCUGCACCUCCUGUGCGACUUACGUCAAAUAGAGGUGAAUCAACACCUAAUUUACCGGUGGAUAUGCGUCCACUACCUAAAGAACCUGAUUCUGAUGAACGCAAGAAAAAAACAUUAAAAAGCAAAAUGAAGGUAAAAGAAAAUAAGGACAAACCCAACAUCAGUUAUCCCACCAACUUUGAACAUACUGUACAUGUUGGAUUUGAUGCUGUUACUGGAGAAUUUACGGGGAUGCCAGAAGCAUGGGCAAGGUUGCUUAUGUCUAGUAAUAUUAGUAAACAAGAACAGAAGAAAAAUCCACAGGCUGUUUUAGAUGUUUUGAAUUGGUAUGAUAGUAGCAGUAAAGAAACAAAAGGUUCCAAAUAUAUGACAACUACAAAAAUGGUUGGGGUAGUUGCACCUAUUGAGAGAGCAAGUAGUCCUAGAAGCAUGGGCAUAAGUGUUGGAACUGGAGUAGGAAACAUUCGUGGUCAAGCAAUGUCACAAGCUUCUGGAAGUUCUCAUUCUCAACAUUCACUCAGCAGAGUGAGUAGUAGUAGUCCAAGUAGUACCCCAACAGACGCUUGCGCAACUAGUUCUGAACAAGAAGAUGAACCGCCGCCACCACCGAUUUCUGCUAGACCAGAGCGUACGAAAUCAAUUUAUACAAAACCAAUAGAAGAAGAACCACCACCUCCAUUAACUACUACGUUAGGAUCACCUCAACGAAAUGGAACGCCACAGCAGUCACACCAAUCCCAAUUGGAUAGAAAUAAAAAUCAAGCGACUCCUACAUCAACGACAACGGAUCAAACGAGACCAGCGCAAACUGACAAAGCUAGAAAGAAAAAAAUGUCAGAUGAUGAAAUAUUAGAAAAAUUAAGAACAAUUGUAAGUGUGGGUGAUCCAAAUAGGAAAUACACGAAAAUGGAAAAAAUAGGACAAGGUGCUUCAGGAACAGUAUACACAGCAAUUGAAACAUCAACAGGUAUGGAAGUUGCAAUAAAACAGAUGAAUCUUUCACAACAACCAAAGAAGGAGUUAAUAAUAAACGAGAUAUUGGUUAUGCGGGAGAAUAAGCAUCCAAAUGUUGUAAAUUAUUUGGAUAGUUACCUCGUAGGAGAAGAAUUGUGGGUAGUUAUGGAAUAUUUGCCUGGUGGUAGUUUGACAGAUGUUGUAACUGAGACUUGUAUGGAUGAGGGUCAAAUAGCAGCAGUGUGUAGAGAGGUCCUACAAGCUUUGGAGUUCCUUCAUUGUAAUCAAGUUAUACACAGGGAUAUUAAAUCUGACAAUAUCCUGCUCGGGCUAGACGGUGGAGUGAAACUAACAGAUUUUGGAUUUUGUGCACAAAUUUCACCAGAACAAAGCAAGCGAACUACAAUGGUUGGUACACCAUAUUGGAUGGCGCCAGAAGUAGUUACAAGAAAACAAUAUGGUCCAAAGGUUGAUAUCUGGUCGUUGGGUAUAAUGGCUAUUGAAAUGAUAGAAGGAGAACCGCCAUAUUUAAACGAAAAUCCAUUAAGAGCAUUAUAUUUGAUUGCAACAAAUGGAAAACCUGAAAUUAAAGAAAAGGAUAAAUUGUCCGGAAUUUUCCAAGAUUUUUUGGAUCAAUGUUUAGAAGUUGAAGUGGAGAAACGAUCAGCAGCUUCAGAAUUACUCAAGGUAAUUCUAACGAUACGUUUAUACAACUAUAAAAUUAAUAAUUGGUUAAUGCAUUUAAGUUUUCGUAAGUGGAAUGAAUUUUUAAAAUUGUAUUUUUAUGGAAAAUUACAGCAUCCUUUUCUGAAAUUAGCAAGGCCACUUGCUUCCUUAACACCUUUAAUAAUGGCAGCGAAGGAAGCUGCCAAAGGUAAUUAAAAGAGUGGUAUUUAUGGUCAUACGACAUGAUCAUAAAAAUAUAAUUUUGCAAGAAAAAUAAUGAAUCACCCUCCCAAAAUGGAACGGCACAAUAAUUCAAUAAUAUAUAAUAAAUAAUAAAUAAACAUAUAUAAAUAUAUAAAUAAAUAUAUAUAUAGGUCAUAGAUAG